AUGAUUGUUCUUCUCGCCACUACUGAGAACAAGAACAGCGCUCAGAGCGUCUUUGUAGAGUUUCAGAACACUUCUGGGUGGCCAACCGACGGGAUCGCCUUCUGGGUGGGCAUCAUUACGGCGUGCGCCGGAUUUGGCGGCAUCCAUUCCGUUGUCAUGUUAAGCAAGGAGACCAGAGACGCAGCAAACAACAUCCCUAGAUCACUGAGCUUUGUGAGUCCGAUGACGCAAAUUUACCUGAACUCAACCCACAACGUCUCAGUGGCAGUUUUCCUGCAGGUUAUGACCUUUGCAGUCGGCGCUGGUGCGAGCAUGAACCUCGUCGGCUCAGCCGGACGCGCCAUCCACUCGGCCGCCUUGGAUGGCGCGCUGCCCCCGGUAUUGUCCAAGAUUCAUCGAAAGUGGAAUGCUCCGGUGCUGGCUCUAUUGGUGACAUUUGUUGCCCUGUGUCUGAUCUGUCUGAUCUACAUAUGGAACACUACGGCCUUCUUCGCCUUUUUGUCAGCUUUUUUCACCCUACAGAUGGUUUCGUAUAUCAUUCCCAUCGGGCUGCUGAUGUACCGAUCCAUCGGCAGAGAGUUUGAACUGGGGCCCUGGCAAAUAGGCCGGUUCCGUGUUAUCGUUCACACCAUGUCAGUGGUAUGGUGCGUCCUCCUCAUCAUUUUCCCGUCAUUUCCGACAACGCUGCCGGUGAAGGCUCCCAACAUGAAUUACUCGAUCGUGAUCGUUACAGGCAUCUUCGCUUUGGCGACCGUUCUUUACUUCGCUUACGCUCGGGGCCGGUUUACAGGGCUGAAGUUGGAAACCUUGGUCGGCAUCAGUGCUGGCGAGAACUAA